AUGGAUGUCGACGAAGAAAUACUGCUUGGCAGGCAACCCACGGAGGGUGGUGAGAAUCAAGAUGCUGAAGUUACAAUGGAUGUUGAUCUGCCCUCUGAAUCUACAUCCUUUUUGCCGCUUCAGAAUGUUUCGGCCAACUUUGGGACAACUAAUUCUGAUUCGGAAGAUGAACUAACUCCCAUGAGAAGAACGAAGGAAGAAGAGCAACUUCUCACCAAUAAAUUUCUAACAGGUGAAUUAACAUUCAGUGAGUAUGCAGCACAAUAUGGUGAAAAUGAAGAACCUUUUGAGGAUGAUGAAGAAGGUGUAGUUUUAAGCAGUACUGAAAAAGUUGAAAAGGAUAAAAAACCUCUUAUUUUACCUACUGUUCAUACAUUUGAACAAAAUAUUGCAGAAAUAAAGGGAAACAGUUCAGCAAAAAAAAGGAGCAAAGGUAAGCAAAUGAGAAGUCGGAAUAAUCUGCCUCCAGCUUUAAAAGGCUUGAUGGGUGAGGCGAAUUUGAGAUACGCCAAAGGAGAACAUGAAAUGGCUAUAACAAUGUGUUUUGAAGUGAUCAGACAGUUUCCGUGGGCUCCAGAACCCUUUGAGACAUUAGCUAGUCUAUAUGAAGAAAAAGGUGACACAGAAAAAUCACUUCAAGUGUCUUUAUUAGCAGCUCACUUAAAUCCUAGAUCUUCAAAACAUCUUUGGAUUAAUCUAGCAGAGAAGUCAGAGGACCGUCAAGAUUUUAAACAAGCUAGCACGUGCUAUAGUAAAGCUAUCAAAGCAGAUGUCAAGGAUUUCGAUCUACAUAUGAGACUUAUUGCUAUGUUGGAGAAAAUUGGUGAUCACAAAUCCGUCUUGAAGGCGUACAUGAGGCUAUUGCAAAAAGUAGAACCUCAUCAUGGUGAAAAAAUUGUUGAAAUAGCAAAAAUGUUGACCGAGAGGUACCAUAAAGACGGUGAUUUGAAAAAAGCAAAAGAAGCCCUUCAGAUUGCUUUUCACAAAUGUCCUCAUCUUAUUUCCUCUGUGCUUGUUAAUAUUAUGUUAGAAGUAUUAAUGGGGCUAAAAGACUUUAACGCUUGUAUAGAUUUAUUGGUCAAGUACUGUAAGGUGAAUAUUGCCAAGGACGAGGUAAAUGGUAAAUGUAUUGUAAAAGCCUGUCACGUACCUGAAAAUAUAGAAAUUGAUAUAUUUGCUAAACUCACCAUGGUUAUUAUACACUUAGGGGGAUUCAAUGUAUUGGACGAUCUUUUGGAUAAAAUUAAGAGCAUGAAUCCAGAAGAAGCUGGUGAUGUCUACUUUGACGUUGCGGAAGCACUGUUGUCUGAAAAGAAAUUCUCAAAAGCUUUAGAGUUGUUGACACCACUUACAGUUAGUGAUAAUUACAACUUACCAGCAAUAUGGUUAAAAAUGGCAGAGUGUUUGAGAGCCCUAAAUCGUCUUGAAGAAGCUGUGUCUGCAUACAUGGUUGUAGUGGAGAAAGCUCCUCAGCUUCUAGCAGCAAGGUUAGCUGUUAGUGAACUACUUACAAGUCUUGGUAGGAAAGACCAAGCUUUGGAAGUCCUCACACAAGAUGAAGACAGUGAGAUGUUGAACACAGCGAUGUUGUUGGAACGUUGCCUGUUGCUUCAAAAAAUGCCGGAUCAAAAAGAACAGUUUAUAGCGGUAGCCCAAUUAUUUCUUUCACGCCAUUUCGUAUACAUAAACAAUAGAGAAGAUUUAAAUGCGCUCACCACACUUAGAUCUGACAGAAAGAGGACAGUGUUGAAGGAAAAUAAAAAUCUUCAAAAAUGUUUCAGCCAAGGGGAAGAAGUAAAAGGUGAGUUUAGCCAAACUUUCAAUGAACCUUCGGUCGAAGAAGAAUGGCAUCUAUUUUGGUGUGUGUGUGAAAUGUGUUUGGAAAUGGGUAAAUUCGAUACAUUACAACGGCUUGCGUUUUCCGCUCAAGGAUCACAGAAGUUCACAGCAAAGUUUUCUCAAGAAAUUGAUCUUCUUUGUUUAAGCUCGUCUUACUACAAUGCCGAUGCCUACUUCGGCUAUAACAUGGUACGGGCGUUAGUGCUGAAGAAUCUGAACUGUGAAAGAUCAUGGAAUAUGUUCAAUAUGAUGAUCUUGCGAGCAGACGACAGCCGGCACAAUCGUUUUCUCAUGAGGCUGUUGAUCAGAAACCCUCAUCACAAAGCAUUGACAAUCCUCCACGCCAACAACUGUUUGGUCGCAGGGACAUACAAAUACGCGUUGAAUGACUACACUUCCGUCUUCCAGAAGGAUAACUCCGCAAUGAUGGCAUUUCUGAUAGCUGUAACCCUCUGCCAAAUGGCUUGCCAGAAGUUCUCAGCCAAGAAACAUUCCCUGGUGACUCAGGCUGUGGCUUACUUUUGGAAGUACAAAGAUCUAAGGGGCAGGGAGGGUUUGCAAGAGUCCUACUACAAUAUUGGCCGAGCAUUCCAUCAGUUGGGAUUGCUGCCUCCUGCCAUUCACCAUUACAAGAAGGCUCUGGAGUUCAAAAGCAAGUUCAUCGACAACUACCCUCAACAUCUGAACCUUCAGAGGGAAGCUGCGUUCAAUCUGCAUUUAAUAUACAUGGCUUCGGGUGCUAGAGACAUAGCCAGGAUGUACUUGGAGAAGUAUGUUGUUGUGUGA